AUGUGGCAGGGUCUUGACGCACAAGCUGAGGCCGCUAAAGUCAUCAAAUUCCUUAAGAAACGCCAUGGCAAAGGCGGUACAAAGCAUUCUCGCGCACUGUCCCUCGACACUGAUUCUAAUAUUCUUAAACGCCCUAUCUCAAAACGUUCCUGCGAACAGUUUGUCGAGUAUCUAAAGACUAUUGCCGACAGAAAUGCUCAAGAGCUGCAGGCGGAAGAUCCUGACUUUGAGUACAACAAUAUUCCGCUCCCUGACUUCACCGAUAACGCGGCAAACAACGUUCCUAUCUAUAAGAACUACAUGAGUGAGCUGGGUUUUGCUUUGGAGGAGAUUGAUCGUAAGGACUGGAAGAAGUGA